AUAUCAAAACCUCACCACAAAUUCUCCCCACUCAAAAGAAAAAAAGAUAACAAAACCCAUCCAUUAGCUAUUCUUAGCUUAUUCUUCCACCACCCCAAAAAACCAUGAAUUCAUCCAUCCUUCCAUUCACCAAAUCCAUUACAACUUCACCUUACAAUAUAUUCACAUCCCACAAACAUAAUUUCCAACCUCACACACUCUUUAUCACAAGAACAAGCAGUAGUGACAACACUUCUAACACCACUUCUGAUGACAACCCAAUAUUGCCACCAUCAUCAGACAAGAAUUCUGCUGCUGCAGUUCAGAUAAAGUUCAAACGAGGCGCGAGGCGAAAAACGCGAAGAAAAGAAAAUGGGUUUGAUGAUAAUAAUACCAUGAUGGCUAAAAAGGAAGUGGUGAAAAAAGAUUGGGAGGAAAUGACAUUAAGUGAAAAAGCAUUGGAAUUAUAUGUAGGAGAAAAGGGAUUAUUGUUUUGGAUUAAUAAGUUUGCUUAUGCUAGUAUUUAUAUUAUAAUUGGAGCUUGGAUUUUGUUUAGGUUUGUUGGUCCUGCUCUUAAUCUUUAUCAACUUGAUGCUCCUCCAUUAUCUCCUACUGAUGUACUCAAGGGAUCUCCUUCUAAAUGAUAAUAAUAAACAAACUACUCACACAUUAUUAUUCAUAAUUGUAUUAUUAUCAUUAUAUAGGUGAUACAAUUAAUACAAAGUUUUCCCUACUUUUAGUCA